UAAAAGGGACCCGGGAUGUUGAGCGGCAUCAGAUGCAAGCUGGGGACGGCUGAGCGAAUCAGUCAGGACAGGUACAAGGAGCUUUCUGAUCGUCGGCAAGACUCUCAGACAAUAGAGAACAUGGUAGCUGUGCAGAAACCUUGGACCACCCUGUUUGUCCUUGCAGUGUGUGUGCUGGUGUGCCUAGGGACCUUGGUGGAUGCCUACCCUCCGAAACCAGAGAACCCAGGAGACGAUGCACCUCCCGAGGAACUGGCGAAGUACUACUCUGCUCUCAGACAUUACAUCAAUCUCAUCACACGACAGAGAUAUGGAAAGAGAGAUAAUCCAGAAGCUUUGUCAGAUUCCCCCUUUGAUGAAAGCAGAGAUCAUGUUGGGAAGUCAAGAUACGAUGAUUCCUUGAUGUGGUGAUUUCAUCCUCAUUAUACCUUUUGUGUUUAUGCAUUUUAAUUAUGAUGCAGAAGGACCUGAUCUCUGAAGAAUUAUGAGAAGAUUACACCAAACCAAAAGGAUCAUUGCAUGCAAACCUUUUUCAUGCAUUGAGAAACCAUCAAAGCUUUUUUUUUUGUGGCAGACAAUUGUACAUAAUUUAUUGUUUAAAAUAAUAUACAGCAAUCAAGGAAAAGAAAACAAAAUGUGGGGUCUUUCUGAGGAAAAUAAUCUCGUUUGUAUUGUAAAAAUGUUUAUGUGCAAAUAAAGUUUAAUGGAUCAAUCAAAAUUGCAUCCAAAUGAUGUCUCUGUUUAUUUGAAAUCACAUGCGCAGACAUUCUCGGCCAACCCCUUUCAAUUGUUUUAUGAUCUUCAAGAGUUAUACAAGUUCAGGGACUUCACAAACUGUUCACAGAACAUUUUGAAAUGUUGUCCUAAUUGUAGGAAGUACCAUUGCUAAUUUACAUACAUCAAGCUCAUAUGAAAAAUAUAAUUUGGUUCAGUUAAGCAUGGAUGCAAAUGUUCGCUCACUAUUUGGAUACUGGCAUGGAUCUUUUAUACUCGCUUCAGAAGGUAUGCACUGCUUUAAAGGCAGC